GACAAAAAUGGAAGUCACAAGAAAAAAUUUUAAAGAAGUUUUGCCAGAAGUUGAUAAAGCAAUAAAAGAAUGUUGUUUCAUUGCAAUAGAUGGUGAAUUUUCAGGUUUGGAUGCAGCAAACCACAGCCACAUUGCACCCUUUGAUACACAUGAAGAGAGAUAUGGUAAAGUAAAAAAGAGUUGUAGUGAUUUCCUGAUGUUCCAAGUUGGCAUUUGCACUUUUAAAUACAACCAGAAAACAGAAAGGUAUGAAGCCAGACCAUUCAAUUUCUAUGUAUUUCCUCGACCACACUCUCGAGUAGCUCCAGAUCUCAGAUUCCUAUGCCAAGCAUCUAGUAUAGAUUUCUUAGCAUCACAAGGUUUUAACUUCAAUAAAGUCUUCCUAGAAGGUAUAUCAUAUCUGACACCAGAACAGGAGGGAAAUUUAAGAGAUGUCCUACAACAGAAACAUAGAGAGGUUUCACUGUUUUCAUCACCAGCCUUUACUACUCCUGGUACAGAUGAACAGGCAGGGGUAACUAAAGGUCCUAUACAUAUACCAGAUGAACAGAAAGAAUUCAUUAGAAAGAAUUGUGAGUUCAUACAGAAUUUUAUGGAUGAACCAGUAAAAGACACAUUGAAUUUACCACCUAGUAAUGGUUUUCAGAGAAAGUUACUAUACCAAACUAUUAGACAAAAAUUUACAGGUGUUCACUUAGAAACAAAAACGGGAGAGAAAAAGGAGAGAUAUAUCGUAGUAACGAGAGUUAAGAGUGAAGAUGAAUUAAAGAAGAAAGAAAAGGAGAAACAAGCUGCAGAAAUUGCUGAAAUAGAUGAUGCUGUGGGGUUUACACAAGUUAUAAAGAUGAUUUCUCAAAGUGGGAAGCUGUUACUGGGACAUAAUAUGUUAUUAGAUAUUAUCCAUAUAUUGCAUCAAUUUUAUUACCCAUUACCAGAUAGUUAUGAAGAUUUUAAAGCAAUGACCCACUGUGCUUUCCCAAGAAUUGUCGAUACAAAACUGAUGGGGAGCAUGAACCCCUUUAAGGAAAAAAUUCCAAGUACUGCAUUAGGUGAUUUGCAGAAGUUUUUAGAAUUUCCUCCAUUUUGUAAGCCUGAGGUUGAUUUAGCUGAAGGUUUUAGUAGCUAUAACACACCAGACCAACAUCAUGAGGCAGGUUUUGAUGCUUACCUCACAGGACUGUGCUAUAUAAGUAUGACUAACUAUCUGGGUAGUUUACAGAAAAAUGCAUCUGGUAGAGUUUCUCCGACUUCAUCAUCGUUAGAUCCAUAUGUAAAUAAAUUGUUUUUAAUGAGAAUGUCUGAUGCUCCAUAUAUUGACCUUACAGGUCCUGAUUUAAAGCUUAAACGAGAGCAUGUAUUUAAUAUAAAUUUUCCUAAGGAAUGGAAAAAUGAAGAUCUUAAUCAGCUGUUUUCUCCAUUUGGUAAUAUUCAAAUCUCUUGGUUAAAUGACACAUCAGCAUAUGUAUCAUUAUACAGAAAAGAAGAAGCUAAAAAUGUGAUGAAAACUCUAUGUAAAGACAAUACAGUAUACCAAAUUAGAGGCUACAAUGAUCACAAAUCUGGGAAUAGUGGCAAUGUGAGAAAACGACCAAUGUCGGCUCCAGAUUGUUUACCUCCAUCUAAGAAACAAAAAUCGCUUAAUGUUGAGGAAAGUUCUAGUGAAAGUGCUGCACCAUUUGUGUCCAGAUCUAUCACUCCUCCUUUAUCAGAGAUCAUAGGUCCUGAAGUACCUUCUUAUGCAGAUGCUUUGAAAAAAUCUGUCAAAAAUGGACAAUCCAACAAAUCUAAGAAUAAAGAAGUUGGAGAUGAUGGUGAUGUGAAGAUGUUCGAAGAACCAGAAAAUUGGGGAUGAUCUUUAUGAUAACUGCACCAUUAAACUAAUGAUUUAUAGUAAACAUUGAGAGGUUGAAAAGUGCUACAGAUAAUUCAAGUUAUUGUGUUGACCAUAAUAAAAAAUGCAAAUGAAAUUAAAAAAAAAUGUUGAGUUGUUUUAA